CAAUCAUCGCGCAAACUUCACCAGGCUGAAGGUCCGAUGGGAAAGAGAUUACACCGACCUUGGACGGGGCCCUCGUCUAGAAUUCUGGCUGAUCAGUUAAUCGCAGCUUCCAACAUAUAUAGGAUGCGUUCGUAACUUUCAGAGGUUUCUAAAGUCCUCUCCGCGAUGGAGAUCGCAAACUACUCAUCUACCACGCUGCUGCUGUACUCCUUAUGCUUGGUCAUCUGCGUCUCAUUCGUUUCACGGUACUUAUCUUCAAGGCGCUCGAUCGUCAAUAAGCUUCCUAUCGCUCCCGCCGAAGACUCUAGUUGGAUUUGGGGUCACGAACUAAACAUUUUCAAAGGCGAAGUCUGCGAAUGGUAUCUUCGCUGGGCAAAAACAUGUGGCCAGGUCUACAGAUUCAAGGCUGCGUUGUUUCAACGUGAUGCGCUCCUCGUGGUAGACAAUGUCGCAGUCGCGCACAUCUUUCAAAACGCCUAUUCGUAUGUGAAGGCGCCGGCCUUCCGGCCCAUUGUCAAAUCUUUUAUUGGACGGGGACUCGUGUGGGCCGAAGAUGACGAGCACAGGCAUCAACGCAAACUUGUUGCCCCGGCAUUCACCCUCAGUGCUGUGAAGGGCAUGGCAGACGACGUAUUUGAGUGCGCUGGGAAGGUGGUACAGAAGUUUCAGCGUGAUGUUGACGCUCAAGGUGGAGUUGCCGUUCUAAACGUAAAUGAUUAUAUAUCCCCUUGCACCUUAGAGGUCGUUGGUCGUGUCGGCUUUGGGCACGAUUUUGGCUAUGACAACGAAGAUGCGCGGGCAAUUCGAAGGUCCUGGCAGCAAGAUGUGGUUAAUGGUCGAAAAUUCCCUAGCUUCCUUCUCCCUAUCUUGAUCAGUAUGUUCCCGUGGAUUCCGAAGCUCCCGAUACCGGCUUUGAAAAACGAUGGCACCAUCAAGGCGAUUACUCUUAGACUUUCAAGUAAUCUGUUGAAGGAGCACGUUGAGAACCCUAAUCAUCUCGAAGGCAAAGAUAUGUUUUCCCUUUUGGUUCGAGAAUCAUGGGCCAAAAAUAAGAAGGGGUCAGGCGAAUACCUCACCGAUAGUCAGCUGUUGGAAAAUAUUUCCACUUUCUUGAUGGUCGGACAUGAGACUUCCUCCUCGGUUGUCCACUUCACUCUUUUAGACUUGGCUAGAAACCCGGAUAAGCAAGCGAAACUUCGUGAAGAACUCGAAAAAUUCGAGGGCGAAUUCGACUAUGAGAACAUCCAGAAGCUUCCUUAUCUAGACGCGGUUGCACGAGAAGGUCUUCGUCUAAACCCUGCAGCUCCCCGGACAGAACGCGUAGCUACCCAUGACGACGUAAUCCCUCUCAGAAAUCCUAUCAAACUUUCGAAUGGUGAAGUCAUAACGGCACUUCCUGUCAAGGCUGGUCAGGUGUUUGUUCUUCCUUUCACCGUGAUGAAUGUGAACCCUGAUGUCUGGGGGCCUGAUGCUCACGAAUUCAAACCCGAACGAUGGCUGACCCCGGGCGGAACUCCACCCGCUGAAAACCUUCCCCAUGGGCCUUGGAGCAACCUUGCUACUUUUUGCGAAGGACCUAGACUUUGCAUUGGAUGGCGUUUGGGAAUUCUUGAAGUUAAGGUCAUUCUUGCACUUUUGAUAAGAUCAUUCGAAUUCCACGACACGGGUGCCCAUAUACAGCGGUUCAUAUCACCUUCCUUGCAACCAUUUGUCAACGGGGAAGCUGGCCAGCUUCCAUUAAAGGUCACCGCAACUAAACAUUAAAUCCUAUCCUUAUUCAAAUAUUGCUGUUUGAUCUAAUGUUCCUUAAUUCUAUCUCGCAAAAAAU